AUGCACCAUGCCCUGCAACUUGAUGAAGUUUUCCGUCACAUCGUUGACUCUGGACUGAACAAAAAAGAUCUCGUGACCGUUGCCACCAUCUGCCGCGCAUGGUCUGAACCUGCGCUGGACAAACUCUGGGAAACACUCGACUCGUUCGUUCCUCUCAUUUCUACGCUACCAUCCGAUCUCGUCCAGAAGAAAACACACUAUAUACCCAAGCCGGCCGACUGGAUCGAUCUUCUUCUUCCUGGAACACCUCGGGUGGCUUACACGUUCGCCAGAUAUCCACACGACAGCGAGUGGACCACACUUUGCAACUAUGCCAGUCGCGUGCGGUACUUUCGUGGCCCAUAUAAACAUCCGAUUCGUCGACGCCGAGAUCAAAGCUCCGUCCCGGUGAAUGCCGUCGACACCUACACACUCUAUAUCCUUUCUCGCUCUCCCCGUCUUCUGUUCCCGAAACUACAGAAAAUUGGAUGGAAUCACGCAGCAGUUGAGAACAUCUACAUUUUGCGCGUCUUGGCAGGACCUAUAGUGAACCAACUGCAUCUGCCGAGCAUUACGCAGAUGACUUCCACCCGAAACACAGGUACUAAUAAUUAUGGUCUACCAGAGCAUGAAGACUUCCGCGACGCAUUCGCCGUCAUUUCCUCUCUAGGCACAUUAUUCCCUUCCCUGAGGUCACUCACCCUAAUGCAUUACACGUUCCAUGACACAGAGGUGACGUCAGCAAUAUGGGACGCCAUACGCCAUUGGAAGUACUUGUCCGCGCUUUCGUGUAGGAUCAUUGAUGGCUCUUCCUUAAAGUGUUUAGGAAGGCUUUCGUCGAUGCAAAAGCUCGCCUUGCAUCUGCAUGAGAACAGUUUCUCGGCAUGUUCUCCCGGAUUCAAUAUAUCACUUCCCCACUUGCAAAACGUGCGUUUAGUAGGAGCCUAUCCGGAGAUCACAAGAAUGGUGGAUGCAUGGGGCCCACAUAUUUCUCUCAAAGAAUUCGAAUCCAUCGUCGAGCAUGGCGACCGUAUACCUGCAGCUGCAGACCUGUCAUCACUCCUAAACCUGCUUGCGAAGAACUGCGACAGCAACACUCUGGAAUCCUUGACGGUGUACGAGCACCCCGUCCUUACAAACCACUACAUUACGUUCUCGACGCUCCAGCCGACUCUUUCUUUCCGACAGCUCACAGCCAUCUCCAUCGACACCUGUCGAAGUGUAUCGCUUAGCGACGGUGAGCUAGCCAGUCUCGCUUCUGCCUGUCCCAAGGCCAGAACAAUACGAAUCAACCCCAGAUACGGCUGGAUAAUACCCUCCAAAAUUACGCUCCUCGGGCUCGCGGAAGUCCUCCAGCUCCUCCCGCUUCUGGAGGACCUCGCGCUCGCCAUAGACGCUCGUACCCCACCCAGUCCCAUCUCACCGGAUGACGAGAAAUCGAUUAACGUCGGCCAUACAUUCUUGAAGAAGUUGGAUCUCACUGAUUCCAAAGUUGGACGAAACCACGACCAAGUCGCAAGCUGGUUUUCUCAGCUCAUUUUGUUCCCCGGUGGUUGUAAAUUCAGCAUCAGGAUACCCCAUGAAAACCCCGGCGACUGGACACAUAUCUUUCGUUUGCUACAGAGUGGCCGCGAAAACGCCUAG